AGGUCCGAACAGGGGCUGCACAGGUAGAGGGAGGAGUGCAUGGCUUGGUUUCAUUCGAGAAGAAGUUCUUCUGAACAUUACCACAAAAAACUCACAGAUUAUCCUGUUCGUUUGAUCCUUGGUUCAGUGAAUGCUAGAGAGGCCAAAGUUCUAAUAACAUUGACGUCUUGUACCCAAAAUCCUCUCGAGUUUUGAUUCUGCUUUCUGAUUGAAAUAAUGAAGACGCCAUUUGCUAAUGGUAAUCAUGAUAUAUUAGAGGCUA